AUAAACUGCCAGCCUGUCAUUUCCACUUUGUUGUUUGGCUUACCUGCGACUCCUCUUCUUCUUUUUCUUUUUCUCUCUCUACUGAUUGAUGAAACAAGCUAUUAAUUGUAAUUUUCUGGUGUUUUCAAGAAUCAAAUGUCUCCUACAAGUAUAGGUCAUUUGGGUUGUCACUGGAUUUCUUGAAUUUCUGUAUAGACUUGGUUGGUAUCCCAAAUUGAGCCUUUCUUGAACACACCCUUAUGGCUGUGAUUGGUUACUUUGAAGUUUAGAGAUGUUGGAGGUAGAUGAGAAGGAUAGGGUACCUGGUGGGAAUCGGAAAACGUAUGCACGGUCUAGUUCCUGGUCUGAUAGGUCCCCUACCAAGUCCAGUGUGGCGAAACCACAAUGGAACAGCAAAGCACGGGCUUGUUUGCCGCCCCUCCAGCCUCUUUCGAUUACUAGACCAAGUGCUGAGGAGUGGCCUUGUGCUGGUUCAGAUGAUCUUGGUGUAUGGCCUAAUAAUCCCUCUACUCCAGGUGUAAGGCUUGGAUCAGUCAGCACCCGUGAAGGUUCAGAUACUAAGAAGCCUCCGCGAGAAUUUGAAUUCAAGAAAGAUAAGCUUGCUUUCUUCAAUAAGGAAUGUUCUAAGAUUGUGGAUCAUAUUUAUUUAGGAAGUGACACCGUGGCAAAGAAUCGAGACAUUCUCCGUGAGAAUGGGAUCACUCAUGUCUUAAACUGUGUUGGAUUUAGCUGUCCGGAAUACUUUAAGGAUAAUCUUGUAUACAAGACACUUUGGCUGCAGGAUAGCCCCACUGAGGACAUCACGAGUAUUCUUUAUGAUGUCUUUGAUUAUUUUGAAGAUGUUCGUGAACAAGGUGGGAGAGUCUUUGUACACUGUUUCCAGGGGGUGUCCCGAUCAACCUCCUUGGUUAUUGCAUAUCUUAUGUGGAAAGAGGGUAUGAGCUUUGAAGAUGCAUUCCAGCAUGUAAAAGCUGCGAGAGGGGUGACAAAUCCGAAUAUGGGUUUUGCUUGCCAACUAUUGCAGUGCCAGAAACGAGUGCAUGCUCUACCUGUAAGUCCGACUUCUGUGCUAAGGAUGUACAGGAUGGCACCUCACUCCCCAUAUGAUCCCCUUCAUUUGGUGCCAAAAAUGCUGAGUGAGCCAGGAGCUCAAGGACUUGAUUCUCGUGGAGCCUUCCUUGUUCUUAUUCCUUCUGCUAUAUACGUGUGGAUAGGGAAGCACUGUGCCUCUGUAAUGUCAGAUAAUGCCAGGGCUGCAGCCUUUCAGGUAAUCCGCUACGAAAAGGCUCAAGGUCCUGUUUUAAUUAUCAAUGAGGGCAAAGAGCCUUCUGAAUUUUGGAGUGCUCUUAGCCAUGAAAGCUUCUUUUCUGGUGGUUGUGACAAAGAAAAGACCAAGGUGGAAGCCAGUUUCUUAGCUGGAAAUGACAUGAGUCCUGAUAACAUCAGCCAGUAUAUUGGUCAAAAGAAUGAAUAUGAUCUUGAUUUUGACAUUUUCUGCAAAGCACUUGCCGGUGGGGUUGUUCCACCUUUUCCAUUGUCAGGUACUGAAUCUGAGACAUGUCUUCCUGCAAGAGCGAAUGGAUGGAAUAGAUUGAGACGGAAGUUUUCCAGUGGAAUAAUGAAAGAAUUUAUCACUGCUUCCAAGUUAUACAGUCAUCCUGGCCAAACCAGUCCCGUACUAGAUAAGAUGGACACAAGUAAAGAACUCUCUCCUGCUUUGCCUUCAUCACCUUCAAGUCCUCAGUGUGGAUCACCAGAUUCCUUCUCUUCUUAUGCAACCAACAGUCCAAUUUUUACAAAGGAUCCUUCUUCAGAGCCUGUGCUAUCGCCAUCACCUUCAUUUGGCUCACUUGAUUCUCUCUCUUGUUUUCUUGUUAGUAAACCAAAGUCUAAUACCACAUCCCCCUCACUCUCACCGUCUACCUCAGAUUACUCCAGUUCUUUCACCUUUUCUCCCUCAUCUUCUAAUUGGUCUGACUUGGCAUACCUAUCUGCACAGCCUUCACCUACGAAGUUUGAGUAUGAAGAUCCUAACUUUGUGAAGAAUGAUUUCUUCAAAGCAACACCCCUUCCAGCAGAGGAAGCAUUUCCAACCAGUCGUGCUCUUAGACGGGCAAACAGCUGUUUAGAGUACAAAGAAGCUUCCCUUUCACUAGCAGAACGCAGAGGCAGUCAUCCUCCUCCUAGGAUGAUGUUACGUUCCAAUGAUGAUUCAAUUUCGGUGAAGUUGGUGAGAACAUCGUCAUUUUCUCUUACUAACUUUGGAGACAAUACGGUGAAGUGUGUUGAGUCUGACAGCCUUAAUGACGGAAAUUUUGUUGAUACUAGUAAAGAGGAGCUAAUGUUAGAUGCUGAGAGUUCAAUUACUGACAAUCAAGAUGUAGCUGGCAGUUUCAAUGACCGUCCUGUUGACUUUGCCAUCCGAGUUGCAGAAACAACUGAUAUAGGUCUUUAUCAAUGGCCUUCUAUGCAUAGAUUAGGCUUGGCUUCUGGGGUUCUCGAUUCAAGGUCUGUAUAUAUCAUAGUCACUCCUGACUUGAGUUUAGAUGAAAAUAGUUCCAAUAGUUUGUACAUCUGGAUUGGCCGUGAUGUGCAAUGGAAGGAAAGUACAAAUCAAGUGAUCAACAAUGAUUCCAUGUGUGAAGAUGGUAAUGUCCGUUGGGAGAAAGUUGGACGCGGUUUUCUUAUUCAGAAGGGCCUAGCUACUAGCUCUCUAGUUCGGGUACUUAUUCUGCGUUUUAAAUUAAAAUGAAACAGAAUUGAUAGUCAAAGAAGGUGAGGAACCUGAGCAGCUUCUUAAGCAUCUGUCUUGUUUCUCAUUUGAGAAGGCAUUAGAUGUUGGGGUCAAGUAGGUUGGAUAAAAAUGUCGCGGAUACCAUCUGAGGUAUACAAUUCUUUGUUUCAGUCCUUCUGGCAAAGAUCUUGGUUAGUGAGCAUCCCAGGCAGUAAAACGUUGAAGGUUUCUGCUUGUGUGAUGUGAUGAUGAUACAAGGAGAGGAUUUAAUUUCUCUCAAUAAGAACAUGCAUGUACAGGGAACAAGUUGCUGUAUAGGAGUUAAAUAAGUAUAUAAACUCUUGCUGAAAAUAAGUAUACUGGUCCUUUUUCCCUGUUCAUACCAUCCAACUAGACUUAGGACCAAAAGGUGUAGUAGCAGCCCUGCAUUGGGACAUUUAGCAUUGUUACGUAUCCAAAUUCUCUUAAAUGUUUUCAUCAUAAAUUGUUCAAUGUAAAGUGGGGCUUGUUUGGCUCUGCAGCUUCUUCAUUCAUUAUUGGAAUGAAAGUGCAUGGAUAACAAUGGUAUCAACUGUUUCUUCCUUGUGGAACUUUGAACA